AUGGUCAAAGACGUUGCGCCCAAAGCGGGCUUACCCGCUGAUUUCCUAUGGGGCUUUGCCACCGCAGCUUAUCAGAUCGAAGGAGGUGCCACAGCCGACGGUCGAGGUCCUUCAAUAUGGGACACCUUUUGCAAAAUCCCCGGUAAAAUCGCAGACGGAAGUUCGGGGGAUGUCGCCUGUGACUCGUACCAUCGAACAGCCCAGGACAUCGAACUCCUGAAGAAGAUCGGCGCCAAAGCAUAUCGAUUUUCCGUCUCAUGGUCUCGAGUCAUUCCCUUAGGAGGUCGAAACGACCCCGUCAACCAAGCUGGUCUUCACCACUAUGUCAAAUUUGUAGAUGAUCUGCUGGACGCGGGCAUCGUGCCUUUUGUCACGCUCUUCCACUGGGAUUUGCCCGAUGAGUUGGAGAAGCGAUACGGUGGAUUCUUGAACCAAGAAGAAUUCGUCGCUGACUUUGCCAGCUAUGCUCGAGUCAUGUUUGAAGCUAUGGGAUCUCGAGUUAAACACUGGAUCACUUUCAAUGAACCUUUUUGCAGUGCCAUCCUCGGGUACCAUAUCGGUCAAUUCGCCCCUGGUCAUACGAGUGAUCGAAAUAAGAGUCCUGUGGGAGACGGAAGUACUGAGCCUUGGAUCGUCGGUCACCACAUCUUACUCGCCCAUGCAACGGCUGUGAAGAUCUACAGGGAAGAAUUCAAACCGCAAUGCAGUGGAGAAAUUGCUAUCACUUUGAAUGGCGACUGGGCCGAACCAUAUGACCCCGAGAGCGAAGCGGACCGACGAGCAUGCGACCGCAAAAUUGAAUUUGCCAUCUGCUGGUUUGCAGAUCCGGUCUAUUUUGGCCACUACCCCGAAUCAAUGGUCAAGCAACUAGGCGACCGCCUUCCCCGAUUCACCGAAGAACAAAGCAAACUGGUGGCCGGAUCCAACGACUUCUACGGCAUGAACCACUACUGCGCCAACUAUGUCAGAGAGCGCGUUGAUUGCCCGAUCGACCCACUCGACUUUUCAGGCAACUUGGACAUCCUUUUCGAAGACAAGCACGGCAACAGCAUUGGGCCCGAGACGCAGAGUCCAUGGCUCCGUCCCCAUGCUCCCGGGUUCAGGAAGUUGAUGAAAUGGUUGAGCGAUCGGUACGGACGGCCCAAGAUCUACGUGACGGAGAACGGGACGAGCUUGAAGGGCGAGAAUGAUUUACCCAUGGAUGAGAUCCUGGAAGAUGAUUUCCGAGUCGAGUAUUUCCGCAGUUAUAUCACGAGUAUGGCGGAGGCGGUGGCCGAGGAUGGUUGUGAUUGUCGUGGAUACAUGGCUUGGAGUCUUAUGGACAACUUUGAAUGGGCAGAGGGAUAUGAGACCCGUUUUGGAGUGACAUAUGUGGACUAUGAGAAUGGUCAGAAGAGACAUCCGAAGAAAAGCGCGAAGGAGAUGAGGAAGAUCUUCGACGAGUAUAUUGGAAAGAUCUAA